CGCUCUGCGCUUUCACUGCCGUUUUUUCCAGUAAAAUUAAAAUGUGACGCUCCGACGGAACGUCGUCAUACUUAAUGCAGUUAUUCGAGAGAUCAUAUGCCCAGUAUAAAGUGCAAACUGAUCUUUGAUUAUUGCUCGUUUAGGUAUUAAUUGGAAAGCUUUAAUGGCACACGCUCGUUUUACGGUUUUUCAACAUUAGAAUUGCAAUGUCCGAUUAUCGGUUAAAUUGACCAUUAAGAGAAAGCACCGCAGUAGAGACCGUAACUCGUUACGAUGUCUUUGGUAAAGUGCUGUUUCGAUGCUCCGGAAUUGUCGGAUAUCGUCGAUACGUUCAUUCAGAAAUGCACCGACCCUGGCUGUUGCUGUGGAUGUUGUAGUGCGUUUAGGCCCCGCUACAAAAGAUUAGUCGACAAUAUUUUCCCAGUGAACCCUCAAGAUGGGCUCGUCAAAUCGAAUAUGGAAAAGCUUACUUAUUAUUCCCUUAGCUCACCCGAAAAAUUGGACAGAAUUGGAGAGUAUUUAUAUCAAAAGGCAGCUAGGGAUAUCUACAGAAAGAAAUAUGAGUUCGUUAUAAUUGCGAUGGAGGCGAUGGAUCAACUACUGCUUGCUUGUCAUGCACCAACUCUCAAUCUGUUCGUCGAGAGUUUCCUGAAAAUGGUGCAAAAACUUCUCGAAUCCACCGAACCCAAGCUUCAAAUACUCGCAACACAAUCAUUCGUUAAAUUUGCAAACAUCGAAGAGGACACACCGUCUUAUCACAGAAGAUACGAUUUCUUCGUGAGCAAAUUCUCGGCCAUGUGUCACAGCGGCGACGAACCAGAAAUUCGAAACAAAAUUCGAAUAGCGGGGAUCAAAGGAUUACAGGCCGUAGUUAGAAAAACCGUCUCCGACGACCUGGUGGAGAAUAUCUGGGAACCGGUUCACAUGGACAAAAUUGUUCCCAGUUUGUUAUUUAAUAUGCAGGAUUCAGGUUUUCACACCAAGGAAUCGGGAAUAACAGAUAUAACGCCAGAAGAUACAGCUGACCCUCCCAUGUUGGCCGAAACGUGCAUGAGAGAAUUGGUCGGAAAAGCUUCCUUCGGUCAUAUUCGGGCAGUUCUUCAACCAGUCCUCAGGCAUUUCGAUCUACAUGAGUUAUGGGUCCCAAAUCAGUUUGCAAUCCACACGUUCCGCAUCAUAAUGUUUUCCAUACAGGCUCAGUACUCAUAUACUAUUGUAGAAACUCUAAUGGCACAUCUGGAUGAAAAUGCUAAAUCUAGUCCUACAACCAGAACCAACAUUGCCGGAGUUCUGUCAAAAAUCAUUGCGAUAGCUGCAGGAGAAAGUGUCGGUCCGUCAGUUCUUGAAAUUAUUAAUUCAUUACUUAGUCACCUAAGAGAUUCUGUACGAGUAGGAGCUAGUCAAUCGGAUGAAAAACAAUAUCAGGAAGCACUUAUAAAUGCACUAGGCGAAUUUGCCAAUCAUCUUCCUGAUUAUCAAAAGAUCGAGAUUAUGAUGUUUAUAAUGAGCAAAAUUCCUUUCCCCUUGGUGGACAAUCAAACUCCUGCUGACAAUUUGUUGCAAAAUAUUUUAUUAAAAAGUUUAUUGAAGGUCGGCACCAAGUAUCAAACGAUUCAUUUAAAUACCACAUUCCCAUUGUCGUUCCUAGAACCAUUAUUGAGAAUGUCGUUAGCUCCAGAUCCGGAUAUGAGAUUACUGGUACAAAAGAUUUUACAUACAUUAAUUGAUAGACAUCAUAAUUUGGAGAAGCUCAACAAACCCACGGUGAACGUUAGUGAACUCGAAUUGACUUUAGAAAAAUCGUCUCGUCCUGACUUAAUAUUCAUCAACAAACACGGUCCUACUAUCUAUGACGCCCUCUACACAAGUUUACAAAUGGAAAGCAAUACUCCAGAUAAUAUAGAAGCAGUAUACACUACAUUGGCACUUCUGUGCGUUGAACUGGCAAGCGCCGAAACUGUUAUUGAUUUGUUGCAAUUGUUACUUGGAAUUCAAUGUCUAGCUCUUAACAGUACGACGCUGACCACCGCGCAGAAAUUCAACCUCCACGCUCUCGUCAUCGGUCUUCUUGUCCUCAUACCUACAGUGGUGUGUAUUCAGCCCCUUUCAGACUAUGCCAAUCAAAUCGUGAUUAAUCGACGAAACGAGGCACCUCAUUUACUACCAGAAAUGAUGUCAAUGCACUACGGUAAUUCAUUGGAAGCGGCCAACAAACUUCCGCACUUAAUGGUUGAUCAAAUGGCUGUUUGUGAUUAUCUGAAAAGUGGCGGAAUUGAUCCCUCCCGCCUGGCCCAGACCUCACCUUACGGUGCUGGAGGACCCGGGUUGUUGUCCGCUCCUCACCGUCACAGCUGGAUGGAGAACUGCACUAGGGGUAGCAUCGUAGAACUGCCAGCCACGGAAGUGGACAGUGCUGCAAGUUCUCCAGGUGUUCAACGGGCUGCCUUUUCGUCCAGACGAGUAGUGGUACUUAACCCAAUUGAGAAAAUGCCUGAGGAAGAUUUAACAUUUGAAAGUAUGAAAAAAGUUUUGACAGAACCUCCAGAGGUGCGUAAAGAAGCAGAAGCCGAGAGAAGAAAGCAGUUAAGUCAUACAUUCAGAACGGCAACGUUCUCGGAACUAGUACGUAGGACACAACCGAAACAUGACGUUCUACAAAGCAAACUCAACGAGAUCUUCAAGUCACUGAGUGUUAGCGAGCAUUCCUCCGAAGAAAAACUUACAGAAAAACCCACGUAUGAGCAAAACUUUCCAGAGUUAUUCUUUUAUUAAGCUAAUCCAUGCUGUUUGUUGUCUUUAUAGUGUUAAGGUUAUCUAAUAUACCUAUAAUCUUGAUUUUCCUGUUAACAUAAAGUGAUGGUCCUUUCCAGGUAUGUAAAAUAAUUUGUUCAAGUAAAUAGUUGUGUUAUCUAUUUUUCUAGGAAAAUUAUAUGACAUAUUUUAAUAUUUUGUUGCGUCCUGAGAAUUAAACUUUAUUAAAGUUGA